GAAGCAGGUGUAUCGACACGCCCAGCUUGCUCGACAGGUAGAGCCGGUUGCUUCAACUUUGGUGGUGCUGUUCUCGGGGAGAGAGCUGGUGACAUUCUUCCAGGGAUGAACAAGUGACUACCGGCAGGUUUUACCACAGCAGACGGCCCCAAUCAAAAUCUACCAUCGAUCGAGUAAGAACAAGAACAGCAACAACAAAAGAAGAUGAAGCUGGUGGUUUUUUUUGUCGCCGUCAGCGUGGCGGUUAUGGUAGCGAUGAUUUUCCAGACUCUGCGACAGGAGCUGAGUCUGCGUAACCUGAGGGCCCGCGUGUUGGAGAGCUCUGCGGAGGUCAAGAGGAGGGAAGACUCCAUCAUGGACAUGAAAAAUAAAAUCCAGAAGCUCAAAUCCACAGUAGAUGACGUCAACGUAAAGCUGGGGGACCUGAAGAAGGAGAAAGCAGAGAAGGAGAAGGCGGUGCAGGAGGCUGAGACAAGUCUGAAGACCUGCAACGAAGCGAAGGGAAACGCUGAAAAGAAGAAGACAGAGAUGGAGGAAUCCAUAAAUAAACUUAAAACUGAUCAUGAAGCAGCUAAGAAUAAGGCUCAAGAGGAGAUUGGGAACUUGAAAAAACAGAUCUUGGAAAGAGAAAAAACCAUUUGUGCCCAUGCAGAUAUGACUAAGGAAGACGCACGGAAACUGUGUGGAGAGUCUGCUCCACCACAAUGAAAUCAAAUCUGAGUAACCUUGGUUGAACUUUUCCACAUGGCGGCACACCUAAAAAGAACCAUCUAUAAGUUUUGUUGGCAUCUUUUUUUUUUUUUUUACCUUCUUAUUUUUUAUAUAUUGUGGUCAUGCACAUUUAGCUGACUUAUGGGAAAAGGGAAAUAUUUUUUAAAAAUGUUAUUUAAAUUAUGUGUUGUUUUUGAAGUGAUUGGUUUGGUUGAAUAUCGUUUGGCUUCUUGAAUCUUUAAAAUACAUUAAAACAUAUUUGUGUA